CGAUGACUCAACAGAAAUACAGACGACUAGACGAGGCAUCAGCUCCCCUUUCCUCGCAGAUCGUUUUGUACCUUUAAGUGUCAUUGUUAUUGUUUAUGUUGGUGAAUUGUUGACAUUUUCUGCUGACUGAACGUGAGGUUUAAAACUAAUUAGUCCCCUGAUCCUUAAAAUACAGAACUGAGCAAAUAUGGAAAGGUGGCAGGGACGAGUUGCUGUUGUGACGGGAGCCAGUGCUGGUAUAGGAGCUGCCAUAGUGGAGAACCUGGUGGAGAGUGGCAUGGUAGUGGUGGGUCUGGCCAGGAGGGAAGACCAUUUGCUUGAAAUCAAGGACAAGCUGAAAGGAAAACUGGGCACCUUCCAUCCAAUAAAAGCUGACAUUACCAAAGAAGAAGAUUUUAAUAAAGCAUUUGAGUGGAUAACAGAAAAUUUAGGUGGUUUAGAUGUUUUGGUGAAUAAUGCAGGUGUCGUUGUAACAAGCUACAUCCCUGCAUCUAAGCAUGCAGCCAAGGUCAUCAGUGAAGGUCUUAGAAUGGAUCUUGCAUCACAAAAGUCUAAAAUUAAAGUUACAAAUAUAAGUCCAGGUUUAGUAGCUACACCGAUGCUUGAUUCAUUCAAAGAAGGCAAAGAGCUGAACAUAUUCUUUGAACCUCUCAAUGCCAAGGACAUCGCAGAUGCUGUCCAUUAUGUCCUCGGCACACCUCCUAAUGUUCAGGUGGCCCACAAGGAGCUCGUUCAUUACGUCAGGCUUAUAGCUAGUUGGCCAGAAGGGCCAGAUGCAGACGACAUGAGGUGGCAGGGACGAGUUGCUGUUGUGACUGGAGCCAGUGCUGGCAUAGGAGCUGCCAUACUGGAGGACUUGGUGGAGAGUGGCAUGGUAGUGGUGGGUCUGGCCAGGAGGGAAGACCAUGGCAACAUUGAAGAAUGGCGUAAGAUGUUUGAAUUAAAUGUUUUUGCUGUUGGAGCAUGUGCACGAGAAGCAAUCAACUCAAUGAAGGAACGUAAUGUGGAUGAUGGCCAUAUCAUUAACAUUAACAGCCUGGCUUCUCAUUGGAUUCCUGACUUCCCUGGAAUCACUCCCUAUUCUUCAUCGAAGCAUGCAUCACUGGUCAUCGGUGAAGGUCUAAGAAGAGAGCUUGCAUCACAAAAGUCCAAAAUUAAAGUUACCAGUAUUAGUCCAGGCAUUGUAGAGACGGAGAUGUUUGAUUCGUUCAGAGGCGGGCAAGAUAUCACCAUUUCAAUAGAACCUCUCACUGCCAAGGACAUCGCAGAUGCUGUCCAUUAUGUCCUGGGCACACCUCCUAAUGUUCAGGUCAAUGAGUUAACCAUACGCCCAGUUGGAGAUGGAAAUCUAAUGUGGGUCUGCCUUCAUGUACAACUUUACUUCCAUUUUUCAACAUUUACUGCACAAGCUUAUAACAGUGGAUUGUUAAAUUCUGUGAUACCAACUAUGGAUACCCUCACUGAUUCUCAAAUUAAAUACAAAAAUCAAUGUUAGCUAAAAUUAUUUCAAACAUUUUAUUCCAAUCUAUAUUUAAUGUUUAGUUAAACGCGCCCUCCCUUGCAUAUACAAAUAUUGUCAUCUAUAUUAAUAUUAGUAAUAUUUCCUUUUAUAUACAAAUAUUGUCAUCUAUAUUAAUAUUAGUAAUAUUUCCUUUUAUGAACUUCUUAAUAAUAUUCUCAAUGCAAUUUUUGAUGUAUGCUAAUAUAUUAUUUUUGGGUGUUGAUUUUUUUUGUAAAAUAUCCAUUCCAACAGUCUGACAACUAAGUUUAGUUCUAGAUAAUUAAGAGAGAUAUGUUAAAAAACCGUUAUUAUUUGUUUAAAAAAAUAUUUCCAAUUUUCAUUCAUCAAUAAGUUUGUUGGUUGAUAAAAAUGUUGUAGCAAUAUUAUUGUACUAGUUUUUUUUAAGAACUGAAAUCACCUUUACUGAAAUUGAUGAAAUUUUUUUUUAAUUGUUGAGUCACGUAUUGUAAAAAUAUUGUAUUAUGUUUAAUAUUGUGUCUUAAAAACAUAAUAAAGUUUAUUUUUAAUGCUACUUAUAUAUGUAUAUAAAAUAUAGUGAAAAUCACAAAGAACAUAGGCUAUAAAUACUUAAUUUAUCAUAUAACAGUAUUAAUAAAUCAUUAUUACAUAAGUGCCUUGUUAUUUUUACACGAAUAUAUAUUUAAACUAUUUUAUUUGUA